CGGAGGGCCCCCGCUGCGGGGAGGUGGCCGAGGAGCGUCCGCUGCUGCCGCGGCUGGCUCGGGGUCCCUCCCCUCAGGCAGCCCGAGCCCCGGCCCAGGGGAGCGGCUCAGCGCGGCAGGGAUGAGCCCGGCUGCCUCGCACCCCCCGUAACGGCGCCGCCAUGAAGCGGAAGAACUGGGCCGGGGCCCGGCGACACUCGGCCCCGGCGCCGCCGGCCGUGAAGAAAACUCGGAGCGCGGCGGCUGCAGCCGCGGGGGUGGAAGAGGAGCCGCCCCCGUCCGGGCCGGAGAGCUGCAUGGAAAUCACCGGUCGCCUUUAUUUUGCAAUUCUCUGCCAAAAACCAAAGAGUGGUGUUGCAAAUACACACUAUUUCUGCAUAGAUGAUGAACUUGUAUAUGAGAACUUCUACGCAGAUUUUGGACCUCUCAAUCUGGCAAUGGCUUACAGAUAUUGUUGCAAGCUAAAUAAGAAAUUAAAGUCAUUUACAUUGAUAAGGAAGAAAAUAAUUCAUUAUACUGGCUUUGAUCAGAAAAAACAAGCAAAUGCUGCAUUCCUCAUAGGCUCUUACGCAGUGUGCCUCCUGUGCCAGCCAGGCCUAACUCAAGCAGCCAGAGCUCUUCAAUGUAACACGAUCUCAAAGAUAAAAAGCAAAGUUUUUGUUUUUAAACUAACUCCUUUAAGAUCCCAAAUCUAUAACAAAAUGCUUGGCACUAAUUAUGUACUUGGAGGGCAACCCUCCAUGGGUACCGCCCCAAGAACUGCUGUAAUUCAGGUCACCUUCUCCAGGACUCAUCUCUGUACUUUGUCUAUUUUCUCAUCUUCUUUCUUCAGGAUAAUAUACUUAAAAGAAUCACCCGAAGAUGUGUACAGGCUCUUAUUGGCAGGAAACGCAUCUUAUCUUCCUUUCAGGGAUGCUUCAUUUGGUACUUGCAGUUUUCAUCUAACAUUGCUUGACUGCUUUCAUGCAAUAAAUAAGGCUUUGCGAUAUGGCUUCCUGGAUUUCAGUGCUUUUGAUGUAAAUGAAUAUGAGCAUUAUGAGAAAGCAGAAAAUGGAGAUUUUAACUGGAUAAUACCAAACAAAUUCAUUGCCUUCAGUGGACCUCAUUCAAGAAGUAAAACUGAAAAUGGUUAUCCGCACCAUGCUCCUGAGGCCUAUUUCCCAUAUUUCAGAAGGCACAAGGUUACUACCAUAAUACGUCUUAACAGAAAAAUGUAUGAUGCCAAACGAUUUGCAGAUGCUGGUUUUGAGCAUUAUGACCUCUUCUUUGCUGAUGGAAGCAUACCUAGUGAUACUAUAGUCAAAACAUUCCUAAAUAUUUGUGAAAAUGCUGAAGGUGUUAUAGCAGUUCAUUGCAAAGCUGGUCUUGGCCGAACUGGCACACUUAUAGCCUGUUAUAUUAUGAAGCAUUAUAGGAUGACAGCUGCUGAAACCAUUGCUUGGAUUAGAAUAAAUAGACCCGGCUCAGUAAUUGGACCACAGCAGCACUUCCUUGUAGAGAAACAGACAGAACUUUGGACAGAAGGAGAUAUUUUCCGUGCAAAGUUAAAGGGAAAUCGCAAAAUUGCUGUUACAAAAAUCCUCACAGGAGUAGAUGAUAUUUCAAUUAAUGAUGCAAAAAACCGGAGAGCCAACAGAAAAGACACUGAACUGUACAGUGAUGAAGAUGAUGCAAACUGUGUAACACAAGGUGAUAAGCUUCGUGCCCUGAAGAGUAAAAGGCAGGCAAAGGCUGCAACCACAGUUCCCCUAACAGUAAUUCUACAGUCCAGUGUUCAGAAAAGUAAAACGUCUGAACCUAGCAUUUCUGGCAGUGCAGACAUUAAUAAAAGAACUACCAGGUCUGCUGCAAGAAAAAGCAGUUUAAAAAGUCUGAUACCUCAGAAGGAGAAAAGGAAAAGGAAUGCUUUACAGCAAAUGCGUUUAAUGAAAUUAUGUGGUCACUCCAUACCAAGGACCAGGACAGUGCUGCGUUAAGUAAAAAGAAGUGACUGAAGAGGAUGCUCUGGAGGGGGGCGGAAUGGAAUAUUGCUAUGGAACUUAAAAAGUCUUUCCUUUCAAAGAAAUUAGCUGCAAAAUGCAGCUAAGAUUUAGCAGAAAAACUCCUCCUAAUUUGUAGAAGAAAAUGACCAGUUUAAGAUGCUUGACAAACAGUUCAGCUUUCUAAUUCUAAACGUUUUCUCAAAUGUUAAAAAAAAAAACCCUUGUAAAUUUAGACUCAGGUGUAAAUAUCUAAACUCUCUAUUAUAAAGAGGGUUUACUAGUGGGUAUGAUGCAUGUGUGUAAUUGUGAUGGCAAUCAGUUAGCUGCUGGCCACCAUAAGAAGUGAAGAUGUGGUGGGAGCUUUUAAAUAUUUAAUUCACUGUUGUCCGUCCAAGCUGAUCUCAGUGUCCAAUACAGAGCAAAUCUUGGGAAGGCAAGAUUUUAUUCUCA